GAAAGGCAUGGCACCCCUUAGUCAACACAGAGAGGGAGAGAGACCUCAGCCAUCAAACUGUUCCAGCCAUCUCAAGAAUCUCAUGUGAUUUGGUUUGGGAUUAACAGGGCGAGUUUGGGCGCACAGUCUUGGUAAAUAAUUAGACUGGAACAGACACACACACGCAUCCUGUCAGAUGGAGGUCUCUCUGGAAGUGAGAGAGAGCGAUUGAGAGUCAGGAGAGCUUUUUAUUCUCUUCCAUCAAUGGGAAUCAGGUGCUCCCCGCCGCCUGGCAACCAUCACCUCUCUAUGGGCGUCACAACAACCCGCUGCCCCUGGAGUAACAGGGCCCUGUGGAGCUGCUGAGAGAUGCAGUGUCCCUACACUGACCACCGGUGUGAAACGGAGGCGUUUCUCUGUUUCGUAAAAACAGCCCAGCAGCAAACUGCACACACAAAGCCCCGCAUAGCAGCUUUCAUCACUUAAUACACAGCUUCCCUGUCGAUAUGAGCACACAGGGUACUGAGACAGAUGUUCUGGGGACCAGUCACAGCCCGUCUGAACCAAACAAUGGGGCUGGCACUGAACAGGACUACCGUCUCUACCUGCACAGGCUGUUCGGGAAAGAGACAGCUGAGUACUUCCUCAACCCGUCUCCUGUCCACACGUCCUCGCCUGCCUGGUACAUACUACUGAUGAAGAACAUGGGAGAUGAGGUGAGUGCUGAGGCCGUGUGGGACGCCCUGAGAGAACACUCUACCAGACGACUCAGAGACCAAGAGGAGGAAUCUGAGUCUCUUGAGGUGGUGAAAGUCUCUGCGGACCACGAUGGACAGAGAGCGCGGGGUCACCUACGGCACCUGGCAGGGGUCAGGUAUAUGUUCAACCUGGCCCAGAUCCACCAGGCUUACUCUGCCCAUGUUCUCUCCCUCAACCAUCCAGCUCUGCUCCUAGAUGACCUGGAGGAGCUUGAGGGACCACACAGUUACCUACCUAUCUCACCAAUAAACAGGUGAAGGGAAAACAAAUAUUAUUAAAUAAGUAUUAGCUAUUACUAUAGGUAAUAUAACUACUGUUAUUAGACUUCCAAAAGCCUUGCUAAUUGAAAAUAAUUGAAUCAGAUGUAGAGCCCAAUCUUGGGUCAGAGUAUCAUGUAUCUUUUUCUAUUAGUGUUAUUAAAGGUGUAUAUGCUGUGUUAUUCUUAUUUAACAAAAUCCCUUUGGGGCAGUGACAUUUGAAUUUGUGUGUAAUGCUGGGACAAAUCUUCCACAAGAGGGCAGUCCCAGAUUAAGAGGAUGAAUGUUUAGUUGAAUUUAUGCUGGUAGUUUUCACUUUAAUAUGACAAGCUGUAUUUUCAAAAUUGUAUCUCUAUAGUUUCCACUAAUAGUUUUAAACAAAUAGUGAUUGUUUUAUUUGUGACACUGUAUUAUUCUGUGAGUUUGUAAUUAAAAGUGACACGUGGCAAGUGUAAUUGAUUGAACCAUUCAAUGUCUAAAAAAAUGGUAUUAUCAAUCAGAAUCACUAUAUUAAUCCUAAAUGUAA